UAUGAUUCUCACAGUUAGAAUGGAAUGACUUAAGAGUUUCAGCAGUGUUAUGUGUCAGCCCACAGAGGUUGUCAGUGGAAGUCUGCUCCUCCCUUUUAUACAGACACCUCAACCAGAAAAGAAAGUAAAAGUUCCGAAGCAACAGCAGGGGCAGUCUGAAGUCUUUUCUCUUUUUAAAAAACUGUAGUCCCUUCAUCAACUGAGCAGGAAGGAUACCACUGAAAGUUAAAGGGUUCCUGAAAGGGCAAUGGUCCCAGCAAUUGUAGAAGGUUUCCUGGAGAACAGCUUGCUCUUUGAGCUCAAUGUGGACUAAAUACAAGCUCUGUUUCUUUGAUUCGCUUCUGUGCAAUCAUUAGACUUCAGUCUUUGACAGAUAAGGAAGAAUUAUCAGCAAGACCAUCGUGAGUUUGACCCAUGCAAAAUGUCAUUUUUUUCAAGUUGGUGCUUGAGAACAGGAAGAAAGCUAUUGACAGUGAACAUGUCUGUUGAAUUUUGAAGCACAUCUGCUGCGCACAUUUGAAACUCAGCAGGCGAGUCUACGCCCCCCCCCCCCCAAAGCAUCACUUUACACUUGAAUGUCUCUUCGUUGAUGUGAUGCAGCUCAGAUGCUACGAUUGGCCUGUCUCUAGGCCAAAUAGCCAAAGCGUAAGAAUGGCAACUGAUGCCUUGGCUGCAGAGAACUUUGCAUCAGCUUCCUGAGUGAAGAGAGCAACACUGACAGAUGACGAGAUCGUCAGACUAUUGUCGUUUUGGCUGACUUGAUAAUAGCAGCUUCAAUUUGACUGCUCAUUAUCAUUGCAAGCCUCAAAAGCUUUGUAAGAGCCAACCACUUAGAACUUGCAUCUGCAUUAACAACCUGAUUUGAUCCCAAAAAAGACUUCAAAAGGAUAUUCAGGUACUGACUGAGAAUGACACAGCUAGAAGCCUCAGUGCCAUCAAUUUAGUGUUUCAGCAGAACUGCAGCCAGAAAUUAUUAGUCAUAUUGUGAUAAGCAGUUGGAGGAAAAUUUUCCCCAGUUAUUCUGUGCGAUGGCAGCAACGUACAAGCUCGUUGUUAGCACUGUGAACUGUUAUAACAGUAUCAUAAUAGAUCAACAUCUCCAGCAUACUGUACACUACUGUAAUGGCUCCUGUCAAGCCUUUCUGAAUGCUGCUGGAAUCAAUUGCAAUGUGGUCCAUCAUGCCACCUGUUCAGAGCUGUUGACUCCUACAGUCCAGCCUUCAUCUAGCCUACGAUUUGCAGGAGCUCAGGACCUGACCCACAAGUUUUCAAGUGCUGAAAGCACGGCCACUCCUGCUGAAGCCACAGUGGACAGUCAUCAGCUCCUGCCUGGAACUAGCAGGGCCAAAAAGGGAAUGGCUACACAGUGUUUAUCGAGUCUCAAAGACAUCACUGGUGAUACCAUAAAUCUGGCAAGUGGAAAAAUCAAAGAGUUUGCAUUUGAAAAGGUGAAAUGUCCCACAAGUCAUGUGACCUUCAGGAAAGGAAGGAAAGUAAAACCAGAUAUGGCCAGCAGAAAAUCUACAGACUUUGAUGUAACUUACAACCAUAUUGGCAGCAAUGAGAAUUGCCCUCCUUUUAGUUUUGCACAGAAAACGACUGUUGAGGAAAAAGAGGCAAAUUUUAAUACAUUGCACAAACAAAAUAUCAGCAACGCCACACAGUUGUACUUCCAAAAUCUCUCAGAAAAUAACUUAAUUGCUAAGAUUUUAGAAAGACACAAACCGGACAGUUCUGACUCAGGAGAGGAUAUAAGGGUUUGCCUGGAUAUUCUGCUGAAGUGCUCUGAAGACCUGAAAAAAUGCACAGAGAUUAUUAAGCAAUGCAUUAAGAGCAAGUCCCUUAACAAUGAUAACAGUAAUGCCAGCAACAAUCCAGACCUAAUCUACAGAGAUGUAAUGGCAAGACUUUCUAGCUACCUGAAGAAGUUGCCUUUUGAACUUGAACAUGGGUUAUCUGGACGAGAUAAUCAGCAUGAUUUUGCUGAGUUGGUUAACAGCCUGAAUAGUUUGCAGCAAAUACCAUACCUUCCAUUUGGGAAUGAUCAACCACCCCGAUAUGAGGAUGUUGUCCAGUCUUCAUCCCUAUCUACCAAUCUACCUCCUUCUCCAGUAGUCCACGGAGCCACCAAUUGUAACAUGAAACCUAUUGAAAAUGUCCAUAGGCCUUCAUCUAAUGGUAAUCUUCAAAACAAUGGUACCCAACAAAAAAACUCAACUGCUGUAAAUCAAACUCAUGUUCUACCUCACAUAAUUCCACUAAAUCACACUGAUAGCUGUUCCGCUCAAGAUUCGUUUCUGCCCAGAAACAGUGGCAAUGUUCCUAAGAUGUCCAUGGAACCUCUUUAUAUUCAGGAGGAUUCCGAUGUUGUCAAAGUAUUGGUCCAAGAAUCAAGAGGGAAAGACUGUUUCAAUAUCGGAGUGUCCGGAAGUCUUGAGCCUCAACAGCAGCUCUCUCCUGCAGAUGCUUGUAGACGACCAGGAGAUGCAGGGUUUGCAGUUAGAGAUAACAUGGGAGAAAGUAAAUCCUGUGUCCGCGCAGCCUCUGACUUUCCCAAGUGUUCCAAUAAGGUCAAUCGAACCCCUGAAGUUAUUGAACCCUCCAAAGCUAAAACAGAAAAUGAUAAGUUAAUCCAACAAGAAGAUAUUGAAAAGUUACUGAUGGAUUUGGAAUUAUUUUCUCAAACAAUAGAAGCCAGGCAGAAAUGUGAUUCUUCUCAGAACAAUAACAUUGACUUGAAAGAUUAUAGUCAGCAAUCAGAACAAUUCAAUUUUUUGACCACUGAGUCUGGAAAUAAACACAGAGAAGAGUCACAGAACGACACUGCACUAUUACCUUCUCCCACUAAAGGAACCAAUGUAAAUACAAAUAAUAAAAGUGAAGCAGAUGAUGCUGCCCUGCUUUUGCGUAUCCUGGAAAGUAUAGAAGGUUUCGCUCAGGAGUUGGUAGAUCGUGGGAGUAAUAAAGGUACUUUGGCAAGAGAAAAAGAAGUAAUGCAGAUACUCCAAGAUACAUUAUCACAAGCUUCAGAAUCUUGCAAAAAGCACUCUCAACACUCAACACAGCCACUCGCAGCUAAAGACACAAGCUCAUACCUAUCAGUUCAACAAACACCAGAGGUGAUCAAGGUCCAAAGUAAUAAAGAAAAGAAACCUGGAACACCUCCUCCUACUGUAACAAACGUGACGCCCAGUCCUCAACCUUCAAGCAAAGUUGUUGUCAGCACUCCAGCAUCAGUAAACAUUCCACGUUUCUACUUUCCUAAGGGACUUCCAAGUGCUAACAGUAAUCACGAAGAGACCACUGCCAAGAUUGAAGCAGCCUUUGCUGAGUUAGAGGAUGAAAAAUGCGAUAUUUAUGAGAUGGGAAAAAUUGCAAAGGCAUGUGGAUGUCCUUUAUACUGGAAGGCCCCCAUGUUCAUUUCUGCUGGUGGAGAACGAACAGGAUUUGUCUCUGUGCACCCAUUUAUAGCCAUAUGGAGAAAAAUACUACAGAGCUGUCAUGAUGAUGCAUCUAAGUUUGUUUAUCUUCUUGCCAAACCAGGCUGUGACUACCUAGAACAGGAAGACUUCAUCCCACUUCUACAGGAUAUUGUGGAUACGCAUCCAGGGCUAACGUUUUUGAAGGAUGCACCUGAAUUCCAUUCAAGAUACAUUACCACGGUGAUACAGAGAAUAUUCUAUACAGUCAACAGAUCCUGGUCCGGCAAGAUAACUCUGACAGAACUAAGGAAGAGCAACUUCCUACAAACUCUUGCCCUCCUAGAGGAAGAGGAUGACAUAAACCAAAUUACGGACUACUUCUCUUAUGAGCAUUUCUAUGUUAUUUACUGUAAAUUCUGGGAACUAGACACUGACCAUGACCUCUUUGUUGACCAAAAGGAUUUGGCCAGACACAAUGACCAUGCCAUCUCUAAUAGAAUUAUUGAAAGGAUAUUCUCUGGAGCAGUCACAAGGGGAAACUGUGUUCAGAGAGAAGGUCGAAUGAGCUAUGCUGAUUUUGUAUGGUUUCUGCUUUCAGAAGAAGAUAAAAAGAAUCCUACAAGCAUGGAAUACUGGUUCCGGGCCAUGGAUAUUGAUGGGGAUGGGGUGCUCUCCAUGUAUGAACUAGAAUACUUCUACGAAGAGCAAUGUGAACGAAUGGAGGGAAUGGGUAUCGAGCCAUUGCCGUUCCACGAUCUCCUCUGUCAGAUGCUGGAUCUAGUAAAACCAGAGUGUGAAGGUAAAAUAACCAUGAGAGAUCUAAAGAGGUGCCGAAUGGCCCACAUUUUUUAUGACACCUGUUUCAACUUAGAAAAGUAUCUGGACCAUGAACAGAGAGAUCCAUUUGCUGUGCAGAAGGACAUUGACAGUGAUGGUCCAGAACCUUCAGACUGGGACAAAUAUGCAGCUGAAGAAUAUGAAAUUUUAGUUGCUGAGGAAUCUGCCAAUGAACAGUUACAGGAAGGCUCAUUUGAAGAGGAUUAUGAAUCAGACGAACUGUCCACUGCCCCAGAACUCAACAACAAGAUAGAUAAGCUUGUCAUUUCCGACCUUCCAACAUAAGUCAAGGCAUGCUUAGCUGCUGGACAGUCAGGGUGACCAGUACACACCAACUUUGAAGACUGACUGGCACCCAGUUGGGUGCGUAGUGUAAAGAAAUUGUUUAUAGUUUUUGUUGGUUUAUUUGUUUGUUGAAGAGAAUAUGCUAGAUUUUAUAUCAGAACAAAGUCAUGCUUACUGUGUGCAAUGGACUUUAUUCAAAAUGAAAAAAAUAUUUUCUGUGCAAUAUGUCUUAAAAUGCAGUGUUAUAUGUGGAUUUUAUUAGCUAUCAUCACUGCAUUUGACACUGUUUAGUUAUGGUUGUUCUUUGUUUCUCUUUUUUCAACCCUCUCUUUCAUAUUUCAGGAUUGCCAUCUUUGCAGGACAAGUCACCCUUUAAUCUGUCCCUUAUUAAGAAUUCCUUUCUUUCCUCUCAUUAGUAUUCUCAAGAUCUGAUUAUAUUUUGCUCUCAUUGACAGCAGGCAGUAAUUGUUGAAUAUAUAGGUUAUCUACACAGAUUGGCAAUACUACUAUUAACUAUGUAGACAUUUCAUGUAGAUCAUCAUCCCCGAUGCUUUCACUGGAAUAACAUUUGAUAUAAUGCAUUGUAUCUCAUAGAAUCAAACUGGCAUUGGUUAUAAGAUAAUAAACUUAAAGGAGCAGCCUGCUUUCAAUUUCCCUUUCAAAUGUUUACAAGUUUAAUGGAGCUUCAACAAAGUGAGAAUUGCUGUUUUCUUGCAAGAGCUACACUGUCAUGGUGACCAGUACAAAACGACUUGUACGGCCAACUGCCUUGCUGUUAGUUCUGAUCUGUUUUUCAAGUAAUCACUGAGCCUUUAUCAUGGUCCCUGUUCUGGCUCCUUCUAACAUCCAUUCUAAUAUUCGCGUACUAUUGAGCCGUGGAGUUUAAAUAUUUAUUGCACUCCCAAUUUCUGAUACUGCAAUGGUCCAUUUGUUCAAAGGUGGUUUCAUGUGGUUUUGAAUGCAGAUAAAAGAUUCAAUGUCCAAGGAAUUUCUUUCUUCAAACCAUGCAAUAAUCAUUUUAUAGCCAAACUGGUGCCUCCUGUUUGAAUAUUAACAGCAGUUUGUAAAGAAAGCAGAUGCUAAUAAGAAAUAGGUAACAGGGUGAAGAGUAUGGAAAAUUUGAGUCAGUUAAACACAGAGCAUAUGUUUUUUGAUGUAGCCUACUUUUAUUUUGAUUUUUUAUGUUGUGUACCAAGCUUCUUUGCAGAUUUAAUUGAAAUGUUGCAUGUCUAGUCAUUUCUUUUUCACUCAUCCAGUUUUUAGUUGUAUGUGAUAUAUUCCCUGUCUAUUUCAAUCCACUGAGUACCAAGCUUUCUGAAUUUGCAAUUUUAAUGCACUCCAGUUGUCUCUGCUAUGGAGAUCAGUUAUUUCAUGAUCUGGUUCAAAUUGAUCAUAGCUCCCUGCUAUUUCAUAAUUUCUUGACUCUAGUGGGAAUUAUUAUCACUGCAGAGGAGAUAAAAUGUUAACUACAGCCCAUGAUAUUCUGCAGCAUGGGCCAGCUACCUGUUUCAUAAAUGACAAGUAGGAACUUGAUAUCACUGUCAUAAUUGAGAAAAUUAAAUAAAACAGUAAAUUAAGGCAAAAUUAAGGGCUGCCCCCAACACAUCCUGAGGUUGUAUAUGUUGUUAACACAGUGUAUUUCACCAUAUGCUUUGAUGUACUUGUGAUAGAUAAAUAAAUCUGAAUCCAGGACACACAACAUGUGGAGAGAGGAAUAGAGUUAGGGUUUCAGGCUAAAGACAUUUCAGUUUUAAUGAGUUUUCUUUCAGCUGUCCAGCAGGUACAAGAUUCUGGGUUUGGUUGCAAACUGAUGUUUUAACAAUAUAAAGUCAAGCAAUACCUAAUUGUUAAACAUAAUAAUUUUAGCAAGAUAGUUUUGAGGGUGACAAAUUAACAUGAAUGGAAACAAUGAUUUGUUUAUUUUUUUAUUUACAUUUUAUUUUCUCAAAUAUCUUCUCAGCCAUUAUUAUUUUCGUGGUUUUUGAUACCUUCAAUAAAAGGAGAGAACUGAAAAUGCUGUGAGUAAAUGGAAGAUCUGUCAGAAUAUGCAGAAAGAAAGGAAUGGUUAAUAACUUGAUAUACAGUGGAUUCCAGUUAAUUACAUACAGCAGGACAGAUAUGUUUUGGCACAAUUAAAUGGCUGCCCUAAUUAUCUGAAGUUUCAUGUAAAUACUUUAAAAAGUAUAAACAAACAACUAUUUGAGUAAUAAAUUAUGUAUUUAAAUGAAAUGCAGAACAAAUUAGAACACUACCAAAACUACUACAGUACUUUAAACCUGUAUAUUAAUUCAUAAUGUUUACUGAUGAAGGAAUUCAGCGAGUGUACACCAAUGUAUUCUUUUGAACAAAAUCUGCACAGAUACCUAGUGCAGAUAAUAGACUUUCUUCAUUGCCUUCCUGCAUGAAGUGAUGUAAAUAAACAACAAAUUCCCUGGCAUCCUGUGUAGUUACUAGCUCAGGUUCAGUUGUGUCAUUUCAUCAGUUGUCUUCAUGUUCCCCGCCCCCACCCACCUUAAUGUUGUGAUACAACGCUUUUGACCAUUACGUCCCCCAAAUCUUCAUUUUCAUUGUAACACUCAUGAUGAUUGUCGAUACUUUCAAUUUCUGUGUAGUUGCUAACUUUUUCAAGUAAUGAAAUCAUUUCAUUUUUACUCCCACCCGUUUCCAGCAGCUGAGUCUGAAUGAUUGAAACAGCAGUAAGCAAAACAAUUCUUAAUUGUCUUACUGCUUAUUUCUCUCCAAAUGUCACUGAUAAACUAUGCUGCCUGAAAAAGGGUAUCCCCUACACUCACUUCCUUAGCCAUUGAAGAAGAUGUCAUUAGAUUAUCUUCGUUUGCUUUGAGAAUGUGGUUCAGCAACCUUCCAUGAUACAUCUUUAAUUUUUUUUUAUCAUUUCCAUAUCCAGGUGUUGGCAGGUAGGAAAUCCUGCUGGAUGUUUCUCAAAUAUUCUGCAUUAGGACGUGCUGCACAACUGUCAACAAGCGGAAGAAUUUUGCUUGGUUUCUGCUGUAGCCCCAAAUCCCAACUCAUCAGCCAUUUUCUGAAAAGUUUGGAAGUCACUCGCGCGUUUUUAUGAGCAUAGUACUCCAUUGGUAAACUCCAUUCUCAAGCCCUUAAACAAAGGUUAAACAUAGUUUGCAAUCUGUUGCUUUCUUUGAACCUGAUAGUGUUACCAGUCUGUAGCAAAGAGAACCAUCCAACAUGGCACAAUUUUUUUUAAAAGGCCUGCUUCAUUGGUAUUGUAGAUGUUAUCUGCACAUUUUUGAAGCAAGUUGGGGAGAUUUGUAGAAUUCUAUGUUUCUGCACUUACAGCAUCAGCACUACCUGUUUUGCUCUGUGCUUUCUUGAAUUUAUUGUGUUCCUUUCACUUCCAUCGGGACAGCCAGCCAUCUGUUGUGUUAAAAUCUUCCUGCCCCAGCUUCUUAGCUAGCUCCUCUGACUUGUUUUUUGACCUUGGUCCACUGCAUCCAGUUACUGGUGACUGAGAGCCACUUCAACAUCUGGAUCUUUACCUUCAUGCUUUCAUUUUUGGGAUGUUUCUUGUUCUCUCUUGCGUAAUACCCAUUCUUCUCACAGUUUAUCUUACUGCUGUAUCAAGCAUGCAGUUGCAGAUUUUGGCACUGCAGUUAUCUCUCCCAAUUGAUGAUGAUUGGUGUCAGGCAGAUGGCUUUUAAUUUGGUCUAUUAGGAUAAUUUUUUUAGCUAGUGUCAAAUCUUUUCAUCUUGGUAAGGAUAUCAAUUUUUUUUUAAGUCAAGGGAAAAAAAAAAAGCAAAAAUUACUGCUUUUUGAAUCAGUGUCUGUUGGCCCAAAUGGAAAACAUAACACAAGCACAUGCAACUGACCCAGCUGUUCGCUAUGAGCAAGUGUCUAACGGCCACACAAGUGAGCGUUACUGAUCAUCUCCUGCCCCAAUUAAGUGGCAUAGUGAAGAAUAAAGAGAAUCCUGGCUAUUUUCUCUGUUUAUUUUUGUUCCUUAAGAGUUGUUCCAAAUAAGCAGCUGCCCCAAUUAAUCGAUGGCUUACUUGACCAGAAUCCAUUGUAUUUCAUUUAUUAUUUGAACGUUUUCGGUGUUUUUAUUUCAAAUAUAAAGCUAUUGAGCAGCUUUCCUGCAAAUCAAUAUAUCUAUUUAUUUAUACUUGAGUGAACCUUCCUCACACCACCCUUCAUCUCCACCCGAGUAAACCCUUUCAUUUUCUGCAAUUUUGUGGCUUAUUUAUACGUGCUGUUUACCAACCCUGACAAAAAAUUGUCUUUCUGAUUGUCGCCAUCUGUCUUCCACAGUUUGUUUUGAACAAGUACAAUAUAAUCAUAUUUACAAUUUAUUAAUGGAUAUGAGGUACACGUGGUUUCUAUAAAUGUGACCAAGCUGCAAGUCUGAAUGAUAUCACUCCCUUGGCUGCUAUUUAUUACUCCUCCCUCAUUACGCCUAGACUGGUGUGCAGUUAGUCCUUGAAGGGCUUGGAAUCAGUCCGAGGACAGACACUUCCCUGAAGAACAUUGGUGAAUGAGGAUUUUUUACAACAGUCAUUUUGUGGUCAGCCUUAGUGAUAAUCUUUUCAUUUCAGAUAUAAUUAAGUAAUUUAAAUUCACUCAGUGCCAGAAUGAACUUUAAACACAAACUCUGGGUCAGUGAUAUAGGCUUUUAGAUUCUACUACACUAAUUGAAUUACUAUACUGUCAUAACCUUGAGUAACUAUUUAUCUCUAUUGAUGUUUAAAACACUUUCCCUCAUCGUUACAUGAGCAAACUUCAGAAAUUGAUUUAAAUAUGGCAAUUAGCAUAAUAUUACAUAACUAUAAUACAUUUUUAGAAUUAACGGUGGAACAAUGCACUCCCUUUUUAAUCAAAAAUACUUUAGUUGAGAAUUAUUAUUUUUAGCCUCUGCAGUUGAAAUUCUAGAACUGCAGUAAUGCCUUUAAAUGGAAAUUGAGCUUCCUUUACUAGCAAGCGAAAUAGAACAAGCUUUGAUGUAGACUUAACACCAAUUUAACUACAGACCACUGACGUUAAUUUAUUGCCUGUCUAUCUUUCCAUUGAAGUAUUAACAUAGUCGUGGAGAAAAUUAUAGAUUAAGCACUAAAAUCUAAUCGCAAAUGGAACUUUUUGAGAGGUACUUUUUUUUGUUGUUUAAGCAAAAAAGCAUGCUGUAAUCAAUACUUAAUUCAUUUUAGUAGAGGGUCUGGCUUGUCUCUUCCAGGUUCUUUUGUUUUAAUCAAUGGAAUGGGAUGUGUUUUCUACAUCUGGUAUAUAUAAGAACAAACUUGUGUUGGAAAGAUCUAAUCUCUGUUGAAACCAACUGGCAAACAGAUUAUCAUAAAAUUCCACACAGGUCAUUAUUUCAGGAAUUUAACCCAGUGAGAGUUAAUUGAGAAGUUGCUUUGAGCCAAGCUCACAUCAUCUCUCAGGUUAAAUUUUAACCUAGAAUGCAUAAAUAAGGUUCCCUAGGAAUUAGAUUUAGUUGUUUGUUCUGUACACACAGAAAAUAAGUAAGAAACGGUUUGUUAUUUAAAUAGAAAUAUAAAAUUUUUUGAAGUGGUUUUAUUGGAAAGUGCAGAUAGAGUUCAGUUAUUCUAUAUUUGAUGCAAAUUAUUGACAAUAGAUGGAAACUGUAAAUCCACUAGGGUUGUGUAAGGAGGAGUAAGGUUGUGUAAGUAGAUCACAAAACAUUUCAACAUUUGGUGAAUUGCACUUCUUACUAAGUUGUUCUAUUUACUGGUACGCACUUCAAUUUUACUCAAUUUUAGUUUUAUACAACUAUUUCACUAAUAUUUCAAUUCCAAUUUUUCCAGCUAGAUAUUAAUAUAAGAAUUUUACAUGGGUGUGUAUAUGCAUUGCAUGUUUUACAAAUCCAAAAAAAAUUUUUCAAUUUUCAUGUUACCAUUUAGUAAAAUGUUCAAGUAAGAAAAUAUUGAUUAGAUUAAUUGCCAAUCAAAUGCUACUUCGCAGUAGCAUGAGCAAAUACUUUAAUUAUUUUCUAAUAUGCUUUGGAAAAUAUACAAUCAAAGGGAUUUCAAUUUCUGGACACGAGGACUUUUGGUGGCAUUUUCCAUGGCUGUUCUACUCUUGCAUGGAAUAGCAUGAAAGUACAGUAUACUGGAAGCUUUUGUUUACAGAGGCUAUGCUGGUUGCUACUUUGUGACUGAAGUCAGGGCUCAUUGUGGGAUUCCUGAUUCUGGUUCGCUGGUCGGCGAUUAUAGCACCUUUGAAUAGGAUGUUUGCUCAGGAGAGGUAAACAUCAUGAGAACACAGCUGAUGGUCAGUGGAAGACAGGGCACUAUGCUCUUUGUUACUCUAGAUUCUCUUGUCCAUCUUCAAACAUAUGGAUAAAAAUAACCAUGAAAGUGAAAUUUAAUCAUCUUCAUCAUAACAUAUAGUAUCAAAUGAGUAUAGUGUACUCAAAAUUAUACAUUUGAACAUGUGUUCGGGAAUUGUAUUUGUGAUUCUGAGGUGGUGAAAGAAUUUGAUAUCCUGGCUGAGGAUCUUCUUUUAACUGAACUACUUCAUUCCACUAAAUGAGCAUUAUAACACAUGGACUGGAUAAUGCUUCAACCAAAACAAGUGGCAGGAAAUUCAGAGAACAGCAGUAAGUGUUCAUACUGGACUACUUCAGGCUCUGUGCUUUUAAUUAUAUCUAAAGAAUUAUGAAUUUGUGAGUUACAACAUUAACAAUUAAGUGUUUGGAAAUAUUCCUAGCAAUAACAACAGGAGAGGUAAAUUAUUUCUCUUGCUUCAAAUGGGUUAGUAGCUACAGUACAAACUCUUAAUGAAAUGGUAAUGCUGGUCACAGUGGUAUGUGAAGUGGAAGAAUGUAUAUUUCCAUACAGGGAUUGGUGUUAGGAUAACAGAAACAACCAUUGUGUAUUUUGGCCACAGAGUAAUAACAGUGGGAAGUCUUUUAUUUUCCAGCACACAGGAGGCUUUUGUUCAGAAACCAAAAACCUGUUUUUUAAAAAAAUAAACAAUAUUGUCACUUUAAAUUGUAGCAUGAAUACAAAACUACUGUUUUGAAAUUGUGGUAUACCAUUGGCUUAGUACAGUACAAAAGCAAUGUUUGACAAGUAAUAAUACUUUCUCCAUGUGCUACUAGUAACAAAGUAUUAAAAGUAAUUUACAAUGUUGCUGAUUUAAGCAGACAAAAGAAAUCUCAUAAAUAACUGAUUACUCAACCAUAAUUAUCUUUCAUGACAAAUUGUUGGACUCUUAAGAAUUAUUUGAUAUUUUAAUUGUUUGCUUAUUUUGGAGUUCAGCAGAACUAUGAUUCCCAACAUUUUAAGAUAAGAUGGAUGACUGGACAAAAAGUAUAAUUUGUUUUCUUUCAUCUAGAAUAUAGGACAAAUUGUUUGAUUGUACUUUGUUCUAGUCUCACUUAUAUAAAGACUUUGUCUACUUAAAAUGAAUUGAAAGCAGUAUGGAAACUUUAAAUUAUCUUAAGACCAUUUAAUUUGGGUCUUCAGCCGUACCACUCAUUUAUUAAAUUCAGUGGAUUCCAGUUAAUUAGGACACAUUGGGACCAGUACAUUUUGGCCCAAUUAAGCAGCAGCUCCAAUUAGCCGAAGUUUCAUGGAAAUAGUUAAAAAGAUAUAAAAAGACAAACUACCAUUUAACUGAGUAACAAAUAAUAUAUUUACAUGAAAUGCAGGACAAAUUAGAACACUACCUAACUACUACAGUGCUAAAAACCUGUUUUAGUUUGUAUUGGUUACUGACGGAGAAAUUCAAUGAGCGUACGCUGGUGUAUUCUUUUGAUUGAUUGUAAAUUAGCACAGUGCAGAUCUAACAUCUAGUGUAGAUGUUCUACCUUCAUACAGUGCUUUUGAAGAAUGCAUCUUCCAAAUCUUCAUUUUCAUUGUAACAAUCAAGAUGAUUGCCAAUACCUUCAAAAUCUGAAGUUAGUUCCUAACUUUUGGAAGUAGUGAAACUUUAAUUUUGACUCCUGUCUGUUUCUGGCAUCUCCAAGCUUGAAUGCUUGAAACCACAAUGAGCAAAGCAGUUCUGAAUUGUCUAACUGCUUAUUUCUAUCAAUUACAAAAAUUACUGUUUUUUGAACACAAAAGCAUGCAACUGAUGCUAUUUAAAAACUUUGCUCUAUAGUGUCUGAUGGCCACACAAGUGCAUGUGAGUGACACUAGUUAGAAACUGUUCGGCAGCAGUCUCCUGUCCCAAUUUAGCAGCAUAGUGUCCCAAGUAGACAAAGGGAAUCCCAGCUAUUUUCUCAAUUAGUUUUUCUUGUUCUGUAAGAGUUGUCCCAAAUAAGCAGCUCCCCCACUUAACUGAUGGCCCAAUUAACCAGAAUCUACUGUAUUCAGAAAUGUGUUAAUUGUUUUUCCUUAAAUUUUCACCAUAGUGUUUGAGAAUUAAGCAUACAAUAUCACAGAUAGCAUGUACAGAUGUUUCUGUGGAGUGAAUUUAAAAAACAGAUGUUUUGUGCAUUUAAAAUUAACAAUGUAAAAUUUCACUUUUUGGUUCUUAGCUCUAGGCAGGUGGAAUACCAAACAGCCUAAGCAUAUAAGAACACAAACAUUUUCAGUGUACUAGUAUUUCAUGUGUCCUGAUGAUUGUAUAUUGUAACUUUGGGUGGUGAUCUUGGAUAAAUACUAAAUAUUAAGCAGGUAUACUGGUAUGUCAUGUGCCAUUAUCAAAGUCAUUACCAAUGAAGCCUUAUCCUUUGAACUCCACAUAACAUUGAACUUGUUCCUUACUGCCCUGGGUUUAGUUAAACCUCCUCCAUUCAACAAAGCCAGAAGCGGCAAAUGUAGUAUUUUCCCAAAAGAACAAAAGGCAGAUAACAAAGGAAAGUAUGUUCCUUUGAUAACCAACUAUGUAGCAUGUUGAUUUGGCAAUGUGCUUGGAUUGUGCUUUGGAUUAUAAUUUAUAAUAUUUUGAUUGCAUUAUCACAGUUAAUAUUAUGGUAUUAUACAGAUUAGCUAGCAUAAGCCUACAUCCUAGAAAUUUUUAAUUUGUCACAAAUCUUGCGGAUGUUUAUUUUCCUUAUGUGCAAUGAAAACUCCAAGUUAUUUUGUUUGCAAAAGCAAAUAGAUUUUAUAGUUUCAUAAGCUGCAUGCUUUUAUUAAAUCAUGAGCAGGAUACAAAUCAUUUAGGACCUUAAUCUGGAGGGAAGCUACAAAGCCAAACAUGAAAUGUGUCAAUAUUCAUUUUAUUUUUAAGUUAAAGGAGGACCCCCCCCCCCAAACCUUCCCAUAUAACCCUUACUUGCUUACUGCCAUUAAUUUAUACCAUUAACCAGAUUAGACUAAUUUUCAGCAGAGGUAUGCAAAAUAAUCACAACCAAAGUUGGUCAAUGUGUUGGGUCCACAAAAACAUGGACCUCUUGCCAGCCAAUUCUGCAUUUCCCUUUCAACACAGUGCUUGUGAGAAACAAUUAAAUUAAUUAGAAAGCUUACAUCUGUACUUCCUGUUUGUGAAACUCAUUAAAAUAUACAAAGACUAUAUUCUGCAACUGCCAUUUACUUGUUAACAUUUUGUUUUGAAAAUGUGCCUUAUUUAUAACCUUAAUGUUUUAGAGAAUUAAAGUAUACACACAUAGGAGACGUGUUAUUUCUGUAAGUAUUGUAAUAUAAAGACUAUAAGCCAAAAUGUCUGACAUUUGUUUGUUCAUUCAGCGUGGUUUGCAAAUAUAGGAACCUCAGCAGUAGAAUCUUUGUAAAUUUAUAAACUACCUUACAGGGUUUUCUUUUUAUAUAUGUUAAAAAGCAAUGGAAAGUGACUGAGAUUGAGAUUAAAUAUUCAAAUUAUUCUUUGAACUGGACAGAUUUGUAUAUUAAGUGAGAAGCUCCACCAUAGUUAAGUAACACUUUCCAGUGUUAUUUAUAGGUAAGAGGGCCUUUUUUUAAUUAUUGUUAAAAUAUGCAUUAUUCAGAUGUAACACAGUCUGUCCAAAAUGACUAACUUGAUGAAAAGUUGACAUUUCUUUUUCACAGUAAUUCUUGCUCUAUGCAAAAUCAAUGGCGCCAUCUCUGAAAAGUGUGAUCUACUGUAAACAACUCAAACUGCGCAAGUUUUUAUUGUAAUUAUUAAUGGUUUUAAAACAUGGAAAUGUUUUAAAAUAAAACAUAUGCUGGUUUUGGUUGCUGAAAAUAAUCAUUGGUGUGAAACAAGCUGUUUAUUUGUGUUAGCAUGGCUUUGCAUACACUUUUUGAAAUUAAAUAAAGAAAUUUUAAAGAGGU